UCCCUUUUCCUCAACUGAGAAGUAAACUGUUAGUCUACACUCUCCGGCGACCGGAAAAACACAUUCAGGGAAAUCUCUCUAUCCAGAUUCCAGACCAUGUUACAAUCGCUAAAUCUCUUCAUUUCUUCACCUGGAUUCCCUGUCACUGAACAAUCCUUUCUAAGACCUGCAUUUCCCUCUCCCACUUGUCGAUUUCCGCCGAGGUUUCGUCGCAAAUCAAUAACUGCAUCGGCUACGCCGGAGCAUUCUUCGGAUCUUGAAUCUCCGUUUCCUUCUUCAUCUUCGAUCCUCCUUUCCCAGAAUGGUGCUAGUACAGGACAAGUCUCAGCCGCGCCAAAUGCACCGUGGACGUCGACUGAAUCGAGCUCAAUCGAAGUGGAUACAGUGACUGAGGCCGAGUUAAAGGAGAAUGGGUUUCGAAGCACGAGGCGGACUAAGUUGAUUUGCACGAUUGGCCCUGUGACAUGCGGCUUCGACCAGCUGGAGGCACUGGCUGUAGGUGGGAUGAAUGUUGCGCGGAUAAACAUGUGCCAUAACUCUCGAGAUUGGCAUCGGAGGGUUAUUGAGCGCGUUAGAAGGUUGAAUGAUGAGAAAGGAUAUGCUGUUGCGAUUAUGAUGGAUACUGAAGGGAGUGAGAUUCAUAUGGGUGAUCUUUAUGGCGCUUCAUCUGCUAAAGCUGAGGAUGGUGAGAUAUGGACAUUCAGUGUUAGAGCACUUGAUUCACCUCGCCCAGAGCGCACUAUCAAUGUGAACUAUGGUGGAUUUGCCGAAGAUGUGAAAGUUGGUGAUGAACUCCUAGUGGAUGGUGGAAUGGUGAGAUUUGAGGUUAUUGAGAAGAUUGGUCCAGAUGUCAAAUGCAUGUGUACUGAUCCAGGACUUCUGCUGCCUCGAGCCAAUUUGACAUUUUGGCGGGAUGGCAGCCUUGUUAGGGAACGUAAUGCAAUGCUUCCCACGAUUUCCUCAAAGGAUUGGUUAGACAUCGAUUUUGGCAUAGCGGAAGGUGUUGACUUUAUUGCUGUCUCUUUUGUCAAGUCAGCUGAAGUGAUCAACCAUCUGAAAAGCUAUAUCAAGGCUCGGUCUCGUGACAGUGACAUUGCUGUAAUUGCAAAAAUCGAGAGUAUCGACUCACUAAAGAACUUGGAGGAAAUUGUUCAAGCAUCCGAUGGAGUAAUGGUGGCAAGAGGGGAUCUAGGUGCCCAGAUCCCAUUAGAACAAGUCCCAUCCGCUCAGCAAAAGAUUGUUCGGUUGUGCAGAUAUUUAAACAAACCCGUUAUUGUUGCCUCUCAGCUUCUGGAAUCCAUGAUUGAAUAUCCAACACCAACUAGAGCAGAGGUUGCUGAUGUUUCCGAAGCUAUUAGACAACGAUCAGAUGCUCUCAUGCUAUCUGGUGAGUCGGCUAUGGGUCAAUUCCCUGAUAAGGCAUUGGCUGUUUUGAGAAGUGUGAGUGUCAGAAUUGAGAAGUGGUGGAGGGACGAGAAACGCCAUGAAGCCAUUCAACUCCCUGAAAUUGCAUCAUCCUUUUCAGACAGUAUAUCGGAGGAAAUAUGUAAUUCCGCUGCGAAAAUGGCCAACAAUUUAGGGGCGGAUGCGUUGUUUGUGUACACAAAGACUGGACACAUGGCGACUCUGCUCUCUAGAUGUCGACCUGAUUGUCCGAUAUUUGCAUUCACGACAAGCACGUCUUUAAGAAGGCGUUUGAAUUUACAGUGGGGCUUGAUACCUUUCCGAUUGAGCUUCUCUGAGGAUAUGGAAAACAACCUUAAUAAAACAUUCUUUCUACUAAAGGCAAGAGGAAUGAUUAAAUCAGGAGACCUUGUCAUUGCAGUCUCUGACAUGCUGCAAUCAAUUCAAGUUAUGAAUGUGCCUUAGAAAUGAAUUUCUUCAUAUUAUUAUAGAAGAAGAGGAGGAAGCCUUUGUUGCUUAUGAAGUGUUUCAUCACCUAUUAAAUGGUGAAAAUUCUUGUAAGUCCCCAUUUGUGUUCAAAUUUGAUGUGAGUAAGGCUUAUUUAGGAUU